GCGAUGAACGUAAAUAAAACAACGACAGAAGGGGGAAUCCGAGGUGUAGUUAACCUGCCUUGGCGCUACUUCUUCUCAGUUGUUCGCGUUGACUCAACUGGUGCAUGAAAAAAGUUCAAGAGGUGCCGUGAUUGAUUUUCUUUGCGCUGAUACAACGAUUCACCCAAAAUGGACAAAGUAUAUAGAGAAGGAACCGACAUAUGGUUAGAGCAAGUACAGGAAGAGAGCAAGAUAUCGUCAAUUUUCAAAGAUGCCACCAUCUUCCUCACGGGCGCUACUGGAUUCUUAGGCAAGCUGUUCCUGGAGAAACUCCUGAGAUCCAGCCCGCAACUGAAAAAAGUUUACAUUCUGGUGCGUCCCAAAAAAGGCAAAGAUAUCGAGAAGAGAUUGGAGGAAAUGUUCGAAGGUCCAGUUAUGGUACCCUUGAAACUGAGCAACCCGAAUUUCCGCAACCAGAUUGCUAUCAUAAACGGAGACUGCUCUUUGCCGGACUUGGGUAUGGACGAAGCCGACAAGAAGAAGAUGAUCGAAGAGACCAAUUUCAUCAUCCACUGCGCAGCCACCGUACGUUUCGACGAAAAAAUAAAAACUGCCAGUCAUAUAAACGUGCGAGCAGUUAGAGAUCUGAUCGAAAUGGCUAAGCAGAUGAAGGAUCUCAAGGCAUUUCUACACGUCUCCACAGCUUUCAGUCACUGCGUAAGGAGGGACAUAGAUGAGGAAUUCUAUAACCCUGGCAUGGACCCCCACAAACUAUUAGACUUAGUGGAAGCACUCGACGAAGACAGACUAACCAAUAUAACUCCAGGGCUUUUGGGCGAAUGGCCCAACACUUACGUCUUCACCAAAGCCAUCGCAGAAGAGCUUAUAAAGCAGGAAAUUGGGAAACUACCCAUAGCCAUUCUUCGACCUUCAAUAGUAAUUUCUACGAUAGACGAACCUGUCAAAGGUUGGAUCGAUAAUUUCUAUGGACCCACUGGUGUUAUGGUUGGAGCAGCAUUAGGUGUCCUCAGGACCCUUCAGGGAAGGAAAGAGAACAUCGCUGAGAUGAUCCCAGCAGAUUACGUCAUAAACGCUGGGCUGGCUGUGAUGUGGGCAGUGGCCGAAACCAGGAACCAAAGGGAUAAUAUGGCAGAUGAUGCCAAGAAGGACGAAACGCCUAUUUACAACAUCGUUAGUUCCACGCAAUCUCCGAUAAAAUGGGAGGAAUUCAACACAUAUGCGAGGAAGCACGCUAUAAACGUACCUUCGGAACUCCAGGUUUGGCACGACUUUUUCGCAGUGAGGGAAAACAAAUACCAUAACCUUAUUGCCGUAUUCUUACUACACACAGUACCUGGAUAUCUAGUAGACUUCAUCUGUUUAUGCCUAGGAAAAGAACAGAUGAUGGUCAAGGGAUACAAAAAGAUCAACAAAUUCAUGGACGUACUGUCUUACUUCGCCCUCAGGGAGUGGAGGUUCCAGAACCACAACCUUCAGAACCUUUGGGACAGGAUGCCGCCCGAGGAUAAGAAGCAGUUUCACUUCAGUAUGAAGGAUUUCGACUGGGACACCUAUUUCCACUUCUACGUGAGAGGCGGAAGGGCCUAUCUCCUUAAGGAUCCCUUGGACACCAUACCCAAGGGAAGGGUCAAGUACUGGAAGUUAUUCUUCGCCCACUACGCCCUUAUAGCUGUGUUGCUGUUCAUCUUUUACAAGUUCUUGUGCCUGUUGUGCUCAUAUGUGUUCUGAUUUGACUGUGAUGUAUUAAUUUAAUUUGUGUGUAGGUUUCUUUUGUUGUUUUGUAUGUGUUUUGAAAAUAAAUGUUUCGUACGUUU